AUGGCGAAUAUCCGUGUAAAGGAUCAGCAAAAGGGUUCGGGUUCGGGUUCUCCAAGGGCAGAGGUGGGAGAGGUUGACACCAGGGCUCCAUUCCAAUCUGUCAAAGCUGCUGUUAGUUUGUUUGGUGAGGUCGUUUCUAGAGGGGUAAAAACUGCCAGUUCCCCUGCCAAUGCCAAUGCCAAUGCCAAUUCCCCUGCCAAUGCCACUCCCGUCAAGAAAAAACUUUCUUCAGAGAAUCAUGCACUGGACAAGGAGACACAGCUUCUGUUGGCCCAGAAAGAACUAAACAAGAUCAAGCAACAACUAGAGAGUGCGCAAACUACAAAAGCUCGAGCACUCAAUGAGCUUGAAAAGGCUAAGAGAACUCUGCAGGAUCUCAACACCAACCUCAAAACUGUAAGCGACUCCAAGCAAUUAGCCAUCAAAGAUGCAGAACAAGUCAAGAUUCGGGCUAAGAAACUGGAAGAGGUCAAAUCCAGAGAACCCAUUGAAGGUGGAGCUUGGAAACGCGAAUUGGACCACGCUAGAAAGGAGUACACAGCCACUGUGACCGAACUCGAUGCUACAAAGCAAGAGCUCACCAAAAUCCGACAGGACUUUGAUGCCGCCUUGGAAGCAAAACUGGCUGCAUUCCAACAGGCAGCAGAAGCUCAACGUUCCGCAAACGUUAACUCAGACAGGGUUAAUGAGCUCUCAAAGGAAGUUGCAGCCAUGCAGGGAUCAAUCGAACAGCUAAAGCUUGCCUCCCAACAGGCCCAACAAGAGCAGGCAAACGCUGUGGCUGAAAAACAGGCCCACCUCCGAUCUUACAAUAGUGCUAAGCAACAAGUAGAAGAGAAAUUACUAUCUUUGAAGCUAGAGGUUGAUCCCGAACUGACCGAAAGUCUAGAGGCUAAGCUUGAGGAAACAACUUUAGAGAUUGAAGUUUUACAAGAAGAAAUGAAAAAAGCCCACGCUUGUGAAAUGGACUCAAUGAGAGUGAUAACUGUGGAGCUGAAUGAAGCCACAAAGACGCUGCAGGAAGUUGCUGAUGAAGAAAGUUCUCUUCGAAGCUUAGUGAACUCCCUCAGGUUGAAUUUAGAGGAUGUGAAGAGGAAGCAAACUGAACUGAAGGAUAAAGAAAUGGAAAUGGAAUCUCUUGCUGCUAAACUAACUGCUCAAAUACAGAAAACCAAGGAAGAGGCAGAGGCACAGCUUAAGUCACCUCCUAGUCAUCAUGAGUAUGAUCACAGUUCAACUGCCCAGAAGCUUUCAUCUGAAACUGAAAGCGCGAGGCUGGAAGCAGAAGAGAUGAAGAAAAAUGCUCAUCAACAGAAGCGAGAAGCUGAAGAUACCCGGGUUGUAGCAGAGGAAGCAGAGAAGAAACUGAAAAUCGCUCUGGAAGAAGCUAAAGAUGCCAAAGAAGCAGAAAAAAGAGCCCUUGAUGAGCUCAAGCUCUUAUCCGGGGGGACACAGGAAGCAGGUACUUGUUCAAAUUCAGAGACCAGUGGCGGCAAGAUCAAACUAUCAUCGGAGGGGUAUGAAUCUUUGACAACAAAAGUCGAGGAAUGUAGAAAAUUGGCUGAGCAGAAAGAGGCAGAGAGCAUGAACCAAGUAGAAGCAAUCAAUGUAAGAAAAAGGGAAGUAGAUAAAAAGUUGGAGGCCAAUUUAAAAGCGAUAGAGGAAAUCAAGACUGCGACAGACAUGGCAUUGAGCAAAGCAGAUAUGGCAGAGUCGGCAAAAUCAGCGGUGGAGGGUGAACUUCGCAAGCGGCGUCAAGAAGAACAAAUGGUGGCAGGUGAGUCAUCAGGGUCAUUCUCCAUUCAGUUCUAACUUGUAGGAGGAUACAAGAGCAGAUCAUUGAGAGAGAAACACCAAGUUCUCUUUCUGUUUCUGUUUCACAAGUGCCUAAGCUUGGAGAAUUGAUCUUGCAAUGAAAAGAUGAUAAGGUAUCUCCUCUCCCCAUCUGCCUACCGUAGUAUCCCAUUUUUGGUGUAUUCAGGAAAACUUAUUUAUUAAGAGUCUCAGUGGUUCAGAAACAGGGAAACAUAUAAAUCGCUUGUUAUCUCAUCUCAGUACUCAAAAGAAUACUUUCUUCUUUUAUUGGCUCUACAGAAACUGACAUGUUUUACCUCCAUGAUUUAUAAUUCAGUCAAAAAAACAUAUUUAGAAAUCGCUGAAGGUGAAAAUAGGUUAAUCUGCGCAACUAGUAUAUGAUUUAGAACUGUGCAACUAAAGAUGACAUGACAAUUUGCUGCUGCACUACAA